AUGUAUUCUUCUGACGAUGGCGAAUUAAUAGAUUCAGAACCAGAUGCUAAACCAACUAUUAAAAGCUCUGUCCAACAAGUAAAGGUUGAUAACGAUGCCGAGGAGAAAGAAGCGCUGUUGAGGGCUCGGCUGCUCGCGAGGCAGGCAGAGAAGGGUAAAUCUUCUAAGCACACCACCGAGCGUCAUCAUCACAAGAAAAGGAAACGGCAUCGAACUCCAGACAGCCAUGAAAAGAGCAGCAGCGGCGAAGUUUUGCCUGGGACUCAUGGACGCUCACAUCGGAAGUUUCCACUUCCACUGGAUCGAGAAGAUUCGAUUAGCGACGACGAAAAGCUGCUCGGCAUCAAGGUGAACAGUGAACCGAUGCCGUUGGGGAACAUCAAGGCAGAACCAUCCUCUCGGAGGCACAGAAAGAAGCCUCGAAGUAAAUCCAAGGUCUACAAAGAAGCACACAAGGCUUAUCGCCGCGAUGGCCAUGGCUGCAACAAAGACUAUUACAGAGAUUCAUCUAAAAAGGACGGAAGUGGAGACGACUGGAGGAAAACGUUAACGUUUUCCGAAGAAUUAGACAAUUUGCCAAGCUCUAACAAAAGUUUUGACCGACUUCAUGGAGAUCGGUAAUG